GCUGAGGUACAGAGGAGACAACAUUGCCUGGGCUUUUGGAGGACACAUCUCUAAGACAUCACAAGGUUAUAGUGGACAUCUUUCUUGAUAUGCUGCUGUAAAUAUACUUCAGAAAUCAUGAAUGGGAAAAGUCGGCAAAGACGUUACUCCGAAAGCUUGGUCCUGGAGGAUUCAGACAGAGGAGGAGUUGUCAUCACUGGAAUCACAGACCCUAGUGUCACUCAUAAGAGUGGCUUGAAAGAAGGCGAUGAGAUUGUUGCUGCCACCAUACAUCUUAACCACCUCAGUAAAGAUGACCUGAUGGAAAUACUCAAGAUCAUGGAGCCUUACGAAGACAACAUGAGUUUUGUGACAAAGCCUGGUCUGAAAGCCAGCGCCAGUCUCGGCUCAUUGGACGGUGGUCUCAAAAGUCCCGGGGAUAUGCUCAAAGAUACCUACAGCAGAAUGCAGCGAGCAGUUGAGGCACCAUCUAUUGAGGUUGUUGGCCUCAGUGGACAAUUAAAUGCAGAAGGCAGGUUGAAUAAUGAAAUCAAUGGUCCCACUUUGAAUGGGAAAUUGCCCAAUGUGACCUUGGACACACCUGGAACUGAUGGAGGUGCAAAGUUUCCAAUGCCCACCAUUGGAAUGUCUGGGCCUGUAAUGAAAGGAGCAGAUCAGGAGGGCACCCUCAGAGGCCCUAAAGUCAGUCUAUCAACACCAGAGCUCAGCACUUCAGAUGCUUCACUUGACUUGGAGAAACCAGCGGUUAAGACGAGUGGAUUGAAGUACAAGCAUCCAAAAUUCAAAAUGCCUCACUUCAAACCACCACACAUAAAAGCCAAAGCGCCAAAGGGAGACGUGAAUGUAUCAGCAGAUUUAGAAGGCCCUGGUCUCAGUGGAGAGCUAGAGACACGAGACCUGACCCUCUCAGCCCCUGAUGUGGAAAUCAAAUGCCCAGAUGUAGAUUUGAAUGGGCCAAAUGCUGACUUGAAAGCUCCAGAUGUUGACAUUGAGGCUCCAUCAGGCAAAUUCAAAUGGCUUACUCUCACAAAGCCCAAGUUCAGAUUAUCUGGACCAAAAGUGAAGGGACCUGAAGUGGACAUAGAUGCUGACCUGUCUGCACCUGACAAUCUCUCCACUCCCAACAUUGAUGGAGAGAUAAGCGCACCAGAUGUAGACCUGAGUUUACCAAAAGCUGAGGUAGAUCUGCAAGCUCCAGAUAUCGACAUUGAGGCUCCCUCAAGUAAAUUCAAAUGGCCUCAUUUAAAGAAACACAAAUUUGGUCUUCAUGGGCCCAAAGUCAACCCCCCUGGUGUGGAUUUUAAGGCAGAUCUGGAGACACCAACUGUUGAUCUUUCUGUCCCAAAAAUUGAGGCUGAGAUGAGCAACCCAGAUUUAGAAUUGAAUUUACCCAAAGCAGACCUCAGUAGCCCUGAGGUAGAUGUAAAAGUCCCUGAUGUUGACAUUCAUUCUCCCACUGGGAAACUUAAGUUCCCAAAACUCAAAAAGCCAAAUUUCAGGCUCUCUGGACCAAAUAUAAAAGCUCCAGACAUUGAUGUUGAUGCAGAUCUGAAAGCACCUGACCUCAGUCUCUCUGUCCCUGAAGUUGAGGCAGGGCUUAACAUGCCUGAUUUGCACACCAAUUUGCCAAAUGAUAUCAAAGGCCCUGAAGUAGACCUGAACGCAUCAGAAGUGGACAUUGAGCCCCCUUCAGGGAAAUUGAAAUUGCUUACUCUAAAAAAGCCCAAGUUUCAUCUCUCUGGACCCAAGGCUAAGGGUCCCAAAGACUUCAAUCUCUCCACUCCAAAUAUUGAUGGAGAAAUACAUGCACCAGAUGUAGAUCUUAAUUUACCCAAAGCUGACCUUGAAGGCCCAGUGGUAGAUGUUGACAUUGAUGCACCCUCUGGAAAAGUCAAGUGGUUCAACCUAAAGAAGCCCACAGCUGAUUUGAAAGGUCCAGAUGUAGAUCUUCAGGCACCAGAGGUCGACAUUAAGACACCCUCUGGUAAGCAUAGAUUUCCAACUUUAAAAAUGCCCACAAUUAACUGGACUGGACAUAAGGUGAAGGGACCAAAGCUUGAUGCUGAUCUGAAGAGAGCAGAUUUGGACCGACCAGCUCCCGUGGUUGAUGUGAAUUUACCAGGAGCAGAUCUCCAAGGCCUUGAUCUUAACCUCUCCGCACCAGCAAUUACAGCAGAUAUUGAUGUUCCAGAUGUAGAUCUUCAGGCACCAGAAGUCAACGUUGAGGCACCCACUGGAAAGCAUAGAUUUCGAACUUUAAAAAUGCCCAAAAUUAACUGGUCUGGACAUAAGGUGAAGGGACCAAACCUUGAUAUUGAUGCUGAUCUGAAGAAAGCAGAUUUGGACCUCUCAGCUCCGGAGGUUGAUGUGAAUUUACCAGAAGCAGAUCUCCAAGGCCCUGAUCUCAACCUCUCAGCACCAGCAAUUGAAGGAGACAUCGCUGUUCCAGAUAUCAAUGUCAGUUUGCCUGAAGCUGACCUCAAAGGACCAGAUGUAGAUUUAGACCUUGAUGCUCCCUCUGGAAAAUUCAAGUUGCCGAAACUAAAAUGGCCAAAAAUAAGAAAAGUAAAAGGACCGGAACUUGAUGUAGAUGCUGAUCUUAAGACCCCAGAAUUAGAUGUUGAUGUUAAUUUACCUGAAGCAGAUCUGAAAGGGCCUCGUCUCGACUUGAAAACAACAGAUCUCAACCUCUCAGCACCAGCAAUUGAGGAAGACUUUACUGUUCCAGAUUUGAAUAUCAGUUUGCCUAAAGUUGACCAUGAUGCUCCCUCUGGAACAUUGAAGUUACCAAAAUACAACCCCCCAAAAUUCAGUUUAACAGGACCAAGAGUUAAAGGACCAAACCUUGAUGCUGAGCUAAAGGCCCCAAAAUUGGAUGUCUCUGUUCCUGAUGUGGAUGUCAGUUUGCCAACAGCUGACUGCCAAGCCCCUGUAGUAGAGCUGAAAACACCAGACCUUUCUGCCCCCAAAAUCAAGGGAUCUAUGGCUGCUCCAGGUUUGAGUACCAGUUUGCCUGAAGCUGGCAUUAAAGGUCCAGCGGUGGAUCUUAAAGCCCCAGAAGUUGACCAUGAUGCCCCAUCUGGAACCUUCAAGUUGCCCAAAUUCAAACUCCCCAAAUCCAGUUUAACAGGACCAAGAGUUAAAGGACCAAACCUUGAUGCUGAGCUAAAGGCCCCAAAAUUGGAUGUCUCUGUUCCUGAUGUGGAUGUCAGUUUGCCAACAGCUGACUGCCAAGCCCCUGUAGUAGAGCUGAAAACACCAGACCUUUCUGCCCCCAAAAUCAAGGGAUCUAUGGCUGCUCCAGGUUUGAGUACCAGUUUGCCUGAAGCUGGCAUUAAAGGUCCAGCGGUGGAUCUUAAAGCCCCAGAAGUUGACCAUGAUGCCCCAUCUGGAACCUUCAAGUUGCCCAAAUUCAAACUCCCCAAAUCCAGUUUAACAGGACCAAGAGUUAAAGGACCAAACCUUGAUGCUGAGCUAAAGGCCCCAAAAUUGGAUGUCUCUGUUCCUGAUGUGGAUGUCAGUUUACCGACAGCUGACCUCCAAGCCUCUGUAGUAGAGCUGAAAACACCAGACCUGGACCUUUCUGACCCCAAAAGUAAAGUGGUCCUUGAAGGACUAGAUGUAGAUCUCCAAGCCCCAGAUGUUGAUCUUAAUGCUUCUGUUGACCUUAAUGUUGAUGCUGAUCUGAAGACACCAAAUUUUGCCAUCUCCGCUCCUAAGGCUGAUGUGAAUUUACCAGAAGUAGAUCUCCAAGGUCCUGGUCUAGACCUGAAAGCACUAGAGCCCAACCGUUCUGCCCCCAAACUUGAGGGUGAAGUGAAUGUACCAGAGAUAAGAAUCAAUGUACCCAAACCUGACCUCAAAGGACCUGCAGUAGAUCUAAAAGCUCCAGAUGUAGACAUUGAUGCCCCUUCAGGCAAAUUCAAAUUGCCUCAUUUUAAACUCCCCACAUUUGGCCUUUCAGGUUCUAAACUGAAGGGACCAAAACGUGACAUUGAUACACCUGACAUUAAUAUUUCAGUUCCCAGAGUUGAGACUCGGCUUGAAACCCCAAAGGUAGAUUUAGCUGUACCUCAAGCAUACCUCAAUCUAUCUGAUCCUAAUGUUAAAAGUUAUAUUAGUGCUCCAGAUGUAAAUCUAAGUUUACCAAAAACGGACUACUCUGGCCCUGAGGUUGAGUUGAAUGGUCCUGAUCUAAGUCUCUCUACCCCAGGAAUUGAAGUAAGUGUCCCAGACAUUAAAGGCCCUGAGGUUGAGUUGAAAGCUCCAGAUGUUGACAUUGCGGCUCCCUCUGGAAAACUGCCUCAUUAUAAGAUGCCAAAGUUUGGUCUCUCAGGACCUAGAAGAAAGGGAACAGAAUAUAAUGCUAGUGCAGAUGUAAAUAUACCUGAUGUGGAAGUUUUAUUCCCCAAAGUUGAGGGAGAGAUUAGUACACCUGAACUGAGUCUCUCUGCUCCUGGCAUUGAGGCCAGUGCUGACAUGCCAGAUUUGGAUGUAAAUUUACCAGAAGCUGACCUCAAAGUAGAUGUUGAGGAAGAGGGAGACACUCACAAAAGUACGUUCAAAUGGCCAUUCAAGUCGCCAAGCUUUAAAUCAUCUGGCUCAAAAGGUAAAGAUUCUGACAUGGACGAUGAGGAAGAACAGAGUAGGAAUGAAUCAAAGAGUGAUCAGGUAGAGGUACCAAUGUUUACCUUUCACAGACUGCCACAGACCAACAAGAUUGAGAGUGCAUUCCAAGAUGCUGCCAAGGCCCUUGGUGAGGCGAUUGACACACAAAAGCUUGACGGAGGCCUUGAAACAGCUGGCACAGAGGUCAGUUUGCCUAAAGUGAAUGAAGGACAGAAGGUGACAUCACCUUCAGGACUUAUUAACAUCAUGGAGCGGUUGAAGAGAUUUAAAGCAAAAACACCCACAGCUAAUGUCUCCCUACCAGAAGUGAAAGGUGAGCUCCGUGCCCCUAGCCUUAAUGUCAGGUCCACCUCAGACGCAGACAGUUCCACUUUGCUAAAAAGAGGGACUUUCAAAGUUACGAAACCUAAAUCUGGGGUAGGCCUGGAAUACCCUGUAGUGGACUCAUCGGAGGGAAACGAUAUCAUAUCAAUAAGCCUCUCCAAUAUGCUUGGUCUGAAUAUCAAAGAACCCGAUGCAGAUUAUUGAUAGUUUCCAGCCAUGUGAACCUUAUUCAUGUUGGUUUAUCCCAAGUGUAACUAUUUUGUAAAUACAUCAAUCUAAAGUAUCAUUCCAUUUGUUCUUGAGUUGACUCCAUUUUAAGGAUGUGGUUUGUCUCUAUGUACAAACAAAACAGAAACGUAAUUAUUUGUAUGUAGAAUCUCUGAUGUCUGUUUGUAUUAAUCCAUAUGCUACAUCUAUAUUUAAACAGUUGACAGCAAAAUGAAGGAAAAUGUGCUCAUUAGCUCUAUGUGUACUCAAAUGUAUUUAAAUUAUGGUAAUGUUUCCCAAAUGCUGUUCACUUGGAAGUUUACUUAUUUUUACAAAUGCCUCAGUAUUGUAUCUGUCACAAUUCAGACAUGUUUCACCCUUAAAGGAGACAUAAUCUUUAUGGAAUCUGUCAUCUUCACAUUUUAAGCUAAAACAACUGUUGAACAGUGAAAUGUAAUUAUACUAUUCAUUCGUUAUAUUUUUCUCCAAUAAACUACUAUAUCAAUUUGUCUA